AUGCAGUUUGCGCAGUUGGUCGAAAAGAUAAAUGAAGAAACUGCUCGUGAUCCUAAAGAUUGUAAUGUUUCGAGUGCUCCACCGGAGUCGAGUUUACGGCGGUUUCAGUUUACUACGGCAAUGGACAAAAAAUACGGCUACGAGACGUAUGUCGGAAGGGAGCCCCGCAAUGCCUGGCUGAUCAACAUUCACCCGACAGAGGUAUUGGAUGAGAGUGACAGGUUUGUCAGUGCCGUUGAUUACUAUUUUAUCGAAGAUGACGGGUCUCGGUUUAAGGUGUCCUAUCCGUUCAAACCGUACUUCUAUAUUGCCGUUAAACCAAAAACCGAACAAGAAGUCAUGGCAUUUCUGUCCAAACGGUACGCCGGUGUCGUGUUCAACGUCGAAACGGUGCUGAAAGAAGACCUUGAAGUGCCAAAUCACCUGAUUGGAAUAAAAAAGUUGUACGUGAAGCUGACAUUCCUAAACGUCUCUGAUCUGAUAAAGGUUCGCAAAGAGCUUAUGCCCAAAAUACGUCGCAACAAGGCGCAGCAGGCAUCGCAGUCAAAUUAUUCUAUGCUGCUGACAAGUCACUUCGCGGGCAACGAUGAACAGCCGGUCGUGGCUGAUCAGACGGACAACAUGAUUGAUAUCAGAGAAUAUGAUGUUCCGUACCAUAUUCGCGCUUCGAUCGAUAUGGAAAUAUAUGCCGGUUGCUGGUAUACGGUAGCUGCACUCGGCGGGAACGAAGUCGAAAUACACAUGAAUACUAGCAUAAUCGAUCGACCGGAACCGACGAUUCUUGCGUUUGACAUUGAAACCACAAAGGCGCCGUUAAAGUUUCCUGAUGCUCAGGUGGACCAGAUUAUGAUGAUUUCUUACAUGAUCGAUACUCAAGGUUUCCUCAUCAUUAACCGCGAAAUCAUAUCUGCGGAUGUCGAGGAUUUCGAAUAUACGCCCAAACCGGAGUAUGAAGGACAGUUCAUCGUUUUCAACGAGAAAAACGAAUACGAUUUGCUUGUUCGCUUUUUCGAGCACAUCACUAGCGUAAAACCUAACAUAAUCGUGACUUAUAACGGCGAUGCUUUCGACUGGCCAUUCAUUGAAGCGCGUGCUACCAGGCAUGAAUUGAACAUGCGAAACGAGAUUGGAUUCGAAAAAGACUCCAUGGAAGAGUACAAAUGCCGCCAGUGUAUUCAUAUGGAUGCAUUUCGCUUGAUCAAAGAGGAUAUUUGGGUACUGGCAAACUAUUCGGUUUCUGACGCUGUCGCAACGUAUUAUCUGUACACACAAUACGUUCAUCCAUUCGUUUUCGCUCUCUGUACAAUCAUUCCGAUGGAGCCGGACGAGGUGCUGCGCAAAGGAUCUGGGACACUAUGUGAAGCAUUGCUGAUGGUCAAAGCGUUCCACAACAAUAUCGUAUUUCCAAACAAAAAGGAAAACAUGCCGCUGGCAAUGACAAAAGACGGCCACAUGAUUGAUUCAGAGACGUACGUUGGGGGUCACGUCGAAGCACUUGAAUCGGGCGUCUUUCGGACCGAUAUUCCGUGCAGAUUCCGUCUCGACGUCGACGCCCUGAGGCGCUUGAGCGGUGACCUUGAGCGAACGCUGCAGACGGCGAUCACGGCUGAACGGAUACCUAUGACUUCUGUGAAAAAUUUUUUGGAAAAAUGCGAGGAAGUACGUGGAAAACUGCGCGAACUGAUCGAAAACCCAAUGAGGUUGGACACGCCACUGAUCUAUCAUCUGGAUGUUGGCGCCAUGUAUCCAAAUAUCAUUCUAACGAACCGUUUGCAGCCGACAGCGAUCGUGAACGACCGAAUCUGCGCCGUCUGCGACUUCAACAAGCCGAAAGCGAGGUGUCAGAAGUCGAUGGAGUGGAUGUGGCGGGCAGAAACCUCGCCUGCAAACCGCAGUGAAUACCAGCGAAUCGUACAGCAGCUUGAAAAUGAAAAGUUUCCUUUUCCGUUGUUGGGUGCCGGCUUGCAUACCUUUCACUCGUUGCCCAAGGAAGAGCGGCAGAAGAUCGAGAACAAGCGUCUACAAGACUACUGCCGCAAAGCAUAUAAGCGUAUUCAUGAAACACGCAUGGAACUGAGAAAAACGGUAGUUUGUCAACGCGAAAACUCGUUCUACGUCGACACGGUUCGGGCUUUCCGCGAUAGGCGCUACGAAUAUAAGGCGAUGCUGAAGGGCGCGAAGGCGGCGUUAGAAAGAUCGUUGCAGAGCGGUGACGCAUCAGAGAUCAGAAGCUGUCGAUCGAAGGUAGUUUUGUACGACAGUUUGCAGCUCGCUCACAAGUGCAUUCUUAACUCGUUCUACGGCUACGUAAUGCGUCGCGGUCGACGGAACUCGCACACGUCGGUGUUUUGCAGGUCUCGGUGGCAUAGCAUGGAAAUGGCCGGCAUCGUUUGCUAUACGGGUGGGAACAUAAUCAAAGAUGCUCGUAUACUCGUUGACCAGAUAGGGUACGAUGAAAUUUUUCAAACUUUGGUAUCUUUGUUGCCAAAAUAUUCUACUGAAAGUAGGAGACCUCUGGAAUUGGACACGGACGGAAUUUGGUGCAUGUUUCCUUCGUCUUUUCCUGGCAACAUUACGUUUGAGGUCGAAAAUUUGCCUAAAAGCAAAAUCGUUGUCUCUUAUCCCGCUGCUGUGCUAAACCUAAUGGUUAUUGACAAGUACACCAAUGAUCAGUACCACACACUGAUUGACCCAGCUACACUCGAGUACCAGGUGCGUUCCGAAAACAGCAUCGCUUUCGAAGUAGACGGACCUUACAGAGCCAUGAUACUGCCCGCGUCAAAGGAAGAAGGGAAGAAAUUGAAAAAGAGAUACAUCGUGUUCAACUUCGACGGAUCGAUUGCUGAACUGAAGGGCUUCGAAAUCAAGCGACGCGGUGAACUUCAACUACUGAAAAUAUUCCAGUCGUCUGUUUUCGACGCCUUUCUGCAGGGUAAAAGCCUGAAUGAGGUUUACGGCGCCGUUGCCAAAUUGGCAAACUACUGGCUGGAUAUUUUGUAUUCCAGGGCCGUAGAUUUGCCGGAUUCGGAGUUGUUCGAGCUGAUCGCCGAAAGUCGCAACCUCUCGAAAAGGUUGGACGAAUACGGCAAACAGAAGUCGACAUCGAUAACUACUGCUAGGCGUUUGGCUGAGUUUUUGGGAGACCAGAUGGUGAAAGAUUCAGGUCUGAAUUGCAGAAUAAUUAUUGUGAAGUACCCUCCAGGUGCACCUGUUUCUGAAAGGGCGAUUCCGUUGGAUAUCUUUUUCGUCGAGAAGGGCGUCUGUCGUCAUUUCUUAAAAAAGUGGAUGAACUUUCCGGAACUCUCAGAGCGCUGUGAUAUUCGAGAUAUUCUCGACUGGGAUUAUUACAUCGAGCGGUUAGGAAGUGCCAUUCAAAAAAUCAUAACAAUUCCAGCCGCUUUGCAAGGGGUACCGAAUCCGGUUCCCCGUGUUGGACACCCAGACUGGCUACACAAACGAUUGUUGCAGAAGAACGACAGUCAGAAGCAGAAGAAGAUAAGCGACAUGUUUAAGCGCCUUCCGGAAGACGUAGUGACUUUCUUCUUGCGUGAAGCUGAACCUUCGGCUGCUCAAGAUGCAGGCACAAACAUUCAGAAGGCGUUCGUCGCUACAGGGACGAAUAAAAAUCGAGAUAUUUGUGACCUGGACUUCCCAAAGAGGUCCAAACAUAAGCAGAGUGCAGUCGAGGAUCCGUUGAUGCCGUGGCGUCAGUUUAUUGGACCGGUUCCAAAACGAGGACCGACUAAGGUUCGUUAUGAAGCGAAAUUCGAUGUACGCAGCAACGUAUUGCCAAUGUGUUUUCAGGCCAGCCAGCUGCGGUGGCUCAGUUUUAUGAAAGGGAGGUGGAAGUACUACAGAUUAAAAAGACGGCAGUUAGCUUUCCGAUCCAUUAACGACAGUAACGGGCAACCUCCAAGCAGUGACGUCGACAGGAUCGCUGGGGACAGCAUGCGUGACUUUUUCCACAAAGGCAAGAGAGCGCUGUUGAACGAAUCGUGGCAGAUUGUGCAGAUAAUAUCGACGGCUGAACCUGGAGUUUUCAACAUGUGGGUGCUGAUUAGUCAAGAGCUUAGAUGCCUAAAACUGACCGUUCCUCGAAUAUUUUACAUUAAUCAGAAAAUUCCGAAAGAUCCUGAAAACACGGAAGUGUACCGAAGAGUGAAUCGAAUUUUACCUCGCGCAAAUCCAACUCUUUAUUUGUACGAAUAUCAAGUUCCCGAGGAGAAAUUUAUCGACCAUUUGAGCGAUCUGGACAUCGAACUGAGCUCGCCGCAUAUCGAGGGGAUUUACGAAACGCACGUGCCUUUGCUCUUUCGAGCUCUUGUCACACUUGGAUGUUUGUGCCGAGUCAACGAGGAGUCGAGAUACGACCUAAUCAGAACGGGAUCGGUUAAACACGAGUGCGAAUGUUUCUCUCUAAAGCACCUGGAAUAUGUCAGUUUAGUCUCCGGCAGUUACUUGGAGCACAAUGAACUAAAGAGCAUGUUCAUCUAUAAUUAUAAUCGGUACAAGAGUGGUCGUUCGGUAUGGUCGUUGUUCAUUCCUGUCUCUUGCAGUGCAAAGAUUUGGCUUGUUGAUAGAGGCAUAUCGCUGAACGUCCCCAAUUUGAAGUCACUCUAUAUCGCAGAGCGAAACUCAAAGAAAAAUAAAUUAGGUGAACUUUUGCCAGAGGUGGAUUACGAGUUCGAAGCGUUCGCGGAAACAAAUGUGAAAGCGACUUACCUCGAAUUAUGUCGAUAUUUGCACGUUCCGAUCGGCAAUAUCCCAAAUGAUGCAACUUUGUUUGGUGCGGAUUUGUUUUUCGCGCGGCAUCUAAUCCAUCACGGUCAUGUGUUGUGGUGUUCAAGCAGCGAACGUCCAGACCUUGGUGGCAAGGAAAUGGAUGAUAGCCGAUUGGUUUCACAUAUCGGCGAGCCACAGGACAUAAAUAUUUCCCAUCCCAGUCUGUACUCGACUAUUUCUGUGGAAAUGUCCAUCGCCAGUUUACCCGUUUGUUCGCUGUUGCAGUCUCACCGAAUCAGCGAACAAGAAGGAGUCAAUGCGGCGACCUCUUUUGGAUCAUUCAAUACGUUGAGCGUCGCUGACAUGGUAGCGAAUGAAUUUCCAACAAGUGCCUGUGAUUACGACGAAGUUUAUCGAUGUGCUAGUUCAUUUAGAAUUUUAAAGUUAAUGGUGUAUAAUUGGGUCAAGGAUAUCACAUUGUACCAAAACGUUUUCGCCGACAAUCAGAUUAUUCAUUUUUACAGGUAAGU